UUUGCCGGGAAGCUCCUUUACCCAGAAUCCCUUGCGUAUGUAAUCAUGGCCGGAAUUCUGAAAAAGACUACUGGUUUGGUGGGCCUGGCGGUAUCGCAUAAUCCGCAUGAGCGUUUGAGGGUCCUCUACAGCAAAAUCCUGGCAUCCCUGCAGGUUAUGCCCCAGGACGCUGCCUACAGGAAAUACACAGAGCAGCUUGUCAACGACCGUUUUAACCUUAUCAAGACGGAGCCAGAUGUCGAGAAGCUGGAACAGAAGAUUAACUGUGGUCAGAUAGAGGAGGUCAUAGCACAGGCUGAGUUUGAGCUCUCUCUGUCCAGAAAGAUGGCAGAGUGGAAACCAUGGGAACCCUUGAUCGAGGAGCCCCCACUCAAUCAGUGGAAGUGGCCCAUCUAAACCCAGCCCCCUGUAGAUGAUUUAAAUAGUAUUGAUUGAUUUUUGAUGUAAUAAGUACAUGCCACAUUUAAAAUGAAGCAUGUACAAAUAAUAAAAGCUCUUGAAAUGUGA